UUUCUGAACAUAGGAAAUAUCUCUGGAGAUAGGCUAAUGCUAUUGUUAGCUAGCCACACCAGCUAACUAAAACCGCCAUUAUCAUGCUAUUCACAUGAUUUACAUACUGUUAGCUGUUAUAUCAGCUGCUACAUGUUUUUUCAAAGAUGUUAUAACAAUGUAAAGCAGGGUUUCCACUACCAGUUACCGUUACUUUGCACCCCUUUCCACAACUCAGUUACAGUUAUAAAUUUACUUGGCGCGUUUUAUUUUGAAAGGGGGCGUAAGUGUUUUACUUUGAUUCUGUGUCAGACUUGCUGUCUCGUGCGAUCUGCUCUGUUGAGCUUGACGUGAUUUAGCAACAGCAACGGCAAAAGUUAAACUGCUAGCUAUUGAUAGCACUGCGGCGCGGCGAGCUGCUGCUGAGACGCUGCUGAGACGCUGCUGAAGACGUGCCACGGCGAAACGCUCACAUAGAUUAGCUCCGGCGACUGCCGCGCUGACGCGCCCGGUGGAAAUCCGCGGUCAGCCUCGUUAACGGGCCAAUGUGUGGUGAACUCAGCUUGAAGACAAACAACACUGAUGAAGUGGAUGUAACCAUGGACCAGUCCUGGCCAGUGAGGGUAGUGGUUGCUGAAAAUGAUAUUCGAAAAAUUACUUUCCACAAAAAACCAAAUACUUUGGAAGAGCUAAUAAGCGAGUUGAAAGAACGACUUAAUCAGCAGUAUGACUUUAUGCUUCACUAUGCAGACCCAGAGUUCAACAAUGCUUUUUGCAACCUCACGGAUAUAACUGAGCUGUCUGAUAGACCAACACUGAAGAUUGUCUCUCUGGAAAAUGUAUUUGUUACAUUGUCUGCAGCCAGUCCAUCAUCUUCAGCCAGCUCAUUGUCUUCAGCAUUGACACAGUCUUCAACUGGGUCGUCUGACACAAUAAUACUGCCUCGCACUGAAGAGACAUCACCGCUGACCUCACGUGACCCAUGGCCUUCUACAUUUGAGGUGCCAUAUUUCUCUGUAAAUAUUGAAUAUAGACUGAGACAGGGAAACUUAAUCUAUAUGAGAGAUGGCACACGCAUGUCAGUUUCACGAGACAUGAAGCAUGACAUUCUGCAGAAGCUAGCUGAGGAGAUGUACAAGUUCUCGGCUUACCCUCAAGAUGAACAUUUCACCACUGUUGCUGCAGCACUGAUUGCUAAGCACCCAUGCCUUGCUGAGCCAGGAUCAACCACGGGUUGCUAUGGAUGGAAGAAUAGUUUAAAAUUCAAAAUGGGAAAUCUCCGUUCUAAACUUCGCAGAUGUGGUAUUGCAGAUUUGACAGUCAACAGCAAUAAGAGAACACAGCAGAAUCCAGAGGGGGAGCCACCUGGAAAAAGCCUGAAGAGACCCAGAAGAAGUGAGACAAACUUCCUGCCUGAUUUUCCACAAGGUCAAGAUGCAUCAACACUUGAAUGCUCUAGACAACUGCUUGAAAAUGAAAUGAAGAAAAGGUGCCCAAAUGCAGUCCAGGUGAAUCAGCUGAUGAACCAGACCUUCUCAUUAAGACGCAAGGAAAUUGUGGAAGAGCAGCCCUCUGUGAAACGGAUGUUGGAACGAUGGCCGGCUCUUUUCAGAAUACAACAGGUCUUUGCAGAAUUCACAAGAGUGACAAGUUAAGAUCUUGAGCGUGACUUCUUUGAGUCCUUGGACCGCCAUACCCCCCGUUUCCUUGAGAUCUUCAAAUCUAAAUCCGGAAUAAUUGGAAGGACACUUCAGGAGAUCCUUUCCCAGGUUGAAACAAAGACCGAUGAUGUCGAAGCCAUGAGGACUGCUGUCCUACGAUGUCUCCCAGUUUUCCUCGGGGAUGAUGGAAGUGACUUUUUCAAAGUCUGUUUUGACACUGACACCAUUGCAGACGUCACUCAAGUCCCUGUUGGGGUCUUAACUGUCAUACAAGACAGACAGCAGCCAGGUCCACAUGCUCUGCACCUUGAACCCUCCAGCAUUGCUAUCAUAUUGGAAGGUAAUAUCGUUGUGGAUGACAUUGUAAGCCAUGCACAAGCUUUUUGUGUUACAUUUGGUCUAAUUUAUGAUCUUCAUUUGGGUUAUCCAAAAAGACUAAAGAACACCUUUGACUUCAUUCAGAGGGUGAUGCUCAACCUGGGUGUAGGUAACCUGAGACCAAAACUUCAGAGCUUGAAAAAUGCUCUUUUGCAGUAGGUGGGGGUACUGCCAGUAGAUCCUUAAACUUGCAAAGGAUCCUGAAACAUACUUGAUUUGAGUGUUCAUAUGUUUGCAACUAACCAAUUCAAAUUCUUUGGAAGUUAGUCAGUCACAGAUGGAUGAUUUUGGUUAUUUGUUUACUUAAGUUUCCAUAAUGUUCCAGUCUGUGGGAUAUUGGUUGGAGGUUUAAUCCCAUCUUGUUUAAUCUAAACUAGUUUGUGAUGUUUAGUAAAUGAAAGAUUGAUUGAAUGUAAGUGGCAUUAGCAGUCUUUUGAAAAUGGAGCCAUUUUGAGAAGUCAGGAAAUGAGUCAGGUGAUUAUAAAGAACCUCUUUGUAUACUUAACCAAAUGUUUGUUUUAAAAUGUUGGGACAUACCACCCUUAAAUGUUAUAUGCUACAGAAAGGCAUUUUGUUCUAAUAAAA